UAUUUUGAGGGAUAUUGAACAGAGUCAGUAUCGGAUUAGAUUUUUAAUCAUUUAACUCUGGUAGGUUUCUUUGUCACCUUGUGUGCAGCUGGUCUGGCAGUGCAGGUUUUUAAUUAUUCCACCAUGUUUAUGAAAAGAAACACUUGUAUGCUGGCUUUUCUACUGUGUUGUUUGACCUUGUGGAGCAAGUCAGCGAGUGCAGGCUCCAGCUUUCUCAGCCCUUCACAAAAACCCCAGAACAGGGGGAAGUCCCCCAGAGUCGGUCGCCAGGCCAUGGAGGAGAACAUUCCACCCACUGACGACAACCAUGUCACAAUCAGUGCCCCCUUUAAAAUUGGCAUCACCAUCAGUGAAGAUGACUUGGAUGAGUACCGGGUCAUACUGCAGGAGAUCGUGCAGCAUCUGCUGGGAAGUUCAGAGACUUCAGGAUGGUUGUCAGUCCCUUAAAGAUCUUGGACAUGAAUGUCAAACAUACUGUCUCAAUGCCCUUAAAUGUCAGCUUUAUUAGAUAGUGAUCAUUAAAAUACAAGUGAAAAUAUGUGGCAGUGGCCUGUAGAAAUGCUGGUUUAAUUUCCUAAAAAGCUUUAUGUGUUGUGUAGUUCAAGGCUCAGAUGUUAUACAAAUACCUGAUAUUCAAGGUUUGACAAACUGAAACUGCUAGCCAGGUGAAAUCAUGUGUAAAAGUUGACAAAACAACCAUGAUCAUCAGCUUUCAGCCUCAUCAUCAGUGAUGGAGUUGGUUCAGCUAUUAUUGUCACAGAAUAUCCUUAUAUAAAGCUUGAGUUAAAUUUGUCAAACCACUAUUUUGUAUUAAUUUCCAAGCUGAAAUGUGUACAGCUAUAAUGAAAUAAAUGUCUCUUGAACAUUCA